UCAAAGGAGUUGUGAACAAAUGUUUUAAAAAUGUUUGUGACUAUAUUACUUUUAUCAUUGUCUAUAACUGUUAUAACCAGCUUAAAUACUUGUGAAAAUUGUAUUCCUGCAAGCCAAUGUCCGAGCUUAUUACAAUUAAUAUCUCGUGAUAAGAGUAAAAAAACGCUAGAGAUUAUAAGAAAAGAAGUUUGCGGAUUCGAUUUGAGUUUAAGACAACCUAAGGUUUGUUGUGAUAGUUUUGAUAAUCAAGAAAUCGAAAACGUAACGUUGACAAAUGAAAUAACUAAUCAUCGCAAUGUACACCUUUUACCGACGGAUUGCGGUCAAAUAAAAUAUAGUAGACUGCUUGGGGGAUAUGUCGUAUGGGAUAACGAGUUUCCAUGGGUCGUUCGUAUCGCGUACAAAAACAAUGUGGAUCGUACGUUUUCAUUCGAAUGCAUGGGUACCUUGAUUAAUUCGCGAUACGUGUUGACAUCAGCUGAUUGUGUCAUGAACAGACGUAUCGCCGGUGUAAGAAUCGGUGGUCGUACCCAAAGACUGGAUUGUGCAGAUUCUAUUUGCGAACGUGACAUACAGGACAUAGGCGUAUCAGAACAGAUCUCUCAUCCAGAAUAUACAAUAAAUUCAAGGACAUUAAACAAUAUAGCUCUUUUACGUCUCAGAAACCCAGUGGACUUAUCAAAAGAAAGCGCUGGUGUAAUUUGCCUGCCACUUCUUGAAGAACAUAGAGAAAGGAAUAUAACUGAAAACAUGGGUACAGUUUCGUAUUGGGAUGAAAAUGAAAGGGAAACGCAAUUUAAAAUUCAUGCAUCGAUAUCUACAAACGAAAGAUGUGUUCUUUAUACAAACAAACAUAUAAAUGAUAGAACAGGUUUGUUAAAUAACAGCAUUUGUGCACAAAGAAUUGGCACCAAACACUGUGAGACCAUCCCUGGAUCGCCACUGAUACUGGAAGGUUCAUAUCCUGACUCUUAUAAGUACCUUCUAUAUGGUAUUUUGAUAACAGCAAAGCCUGAAUGCGGCCCAGAAAUCUACACAGAUGUUAGAAAGUAUAUGAAGUGGAUAUCGGACACCAUUAGGUCUUAGACGAAAAAAGUUGCAACCUUUAAAUUUGCUGUAAUAAAAUUUGUAU